CAACUGCUGAGAGAGAUGCAGCAGAUGGCGAGCCGGCCCUUCGCCACCAUCAACGUCGCCUUGGAGACGGACGAGGAGCCGCCUGACCUGAUAGGAGGAAAUGUGAAGUCUGUCCCCAAACCCAUCGCCCUCGAGCCGUGCUUUGGCAACAAAGCCGCCGUGCUCUCCAUCUUUGUGCGGUUACCCAGGGGCACCGGUGGCAUCCCUCCUCCAGGACAGUCUGGACUGGCAGUGGCCAGUGCGCUGGUGGACGUCUCUCAGCAGUUGUGUGGAGGCUACAAGGAGAAGUCUGGAGGCCUGAGGAACCGCAAACAGCAGCCGACCGCACAACCAUCCACCUGCAUCUGACCACACCCCCGUCCUACUCCACCAUUCCCAGCCAAAUGCUCUCCCAUUAGCCCCCUGCCUCGGCCCCCUCCCGAAGAGACUUCUGCCGGCUCCGCUCUGGCAGGGACAAGUGCAUGCUGGGACACAGGACUGGGACAUUGUGGCGAGGGGCAGAGUUGUCCGGUGGACUGAAACCUCGGUGGGCUUCCCCUCCCCUCUCCCCCUGCAGGAACUUUGCAGAUCCCUCGAACUGAGCGACAGAAACUGGACAUGGAUGAGGGGGGGGCAGCAGAAGGAGGGACGGACGAAGCCGGUGCUUCCUCCGCCUUUUUCCAUCUAAAAAAAA